AUGCUGGCGGCGUUCCUCGCGGCGCUCGUCUUCUUCCAUUCCUCCGAGUUCCUCCUCGCGCUCUGGUCCACCGGCAAACCCGACCUCCGAUGUAAGCCGCCUCGCCUUCCCCUCGCCUCGCCUUCCCCUCGCCUCGCCUUCCCCUCGCCUCGCCUUCCCCUCGCCUCGCCUUCACCUCGCCUCGCCUUCCCCUCGCCUCGCCUUCCCCUCGCCUUGCCUUCCCCUCGCCUCGCCUUCCCCUCGCCUCGCCUUCCCCUCGCCUCGCCUUCCCCUCGCCUCGCCUUCCCCUCGCCUCGCCUUCCCCUCGCCUCGCCUCGCCUUCCCGUCUUCUCCUCGCCAAUCCGUCCCCUCUCCUCUGCGUCUCUGGGAAGGGCGUCAAUUGCGGGGGCGCUGUCGUUCCUCGUCUCGGGGGAGUAUCUGCUGGCCAUGGCAGCAGCGCUCACUGAAUACGCCCUCGAGACCGCCCUCUUCCCCGCCUUCAAGCGCCGCCUGUGGCCCGUGGCGUGGGUGGGGGGGGCGCUGCUGCUGGCGGGGGAAGCGGUGCGCAAGGCAGCCAUGGUGACGGCGGGGCGGAGCUUCACUCAUGACAUUCAGACGGAGAAGCGGCGCGAACAUCGAGUGGUGACGCACGGGCUGUACAGGUGGGUGCGGCAUCCGGACUACACGGGGUGCUUCAUGUGGAGCAUAGCCACGCAGUUGGUGCUCGUCAACCCCCUCUGCACGCUCGCCUUCGCCCUCGUCUCCUGGCGCUUCUUUGCCGCGCGCAUCCCCUACGAGGAGUUUUACCUCCACCAUUUCUUCGGACUUGACUACGAGGAGUUCUACCUGCACCAGUUCUUUGGCCUUGAGUACGCACGAUACGCCGCCUCGGUGCCGUCCGGCAUCCCCUUUGUCUCGUGA